AGGCUGGUGCACCAGGUGAGCCUCAGCCAGAGGAAGCUUUGAGGCCCAUGGCCAAUUCAUGGCUAAAUUCCCGGCUGAACGGUGCGAGCAAAGGUUUAGCCCAUAGCUGGCAGGCCUUUGCUGAGACCAUGGACAGCAUCUUCGUCCCCGAGGCGCGCUUCGCGGCGCCGGAAGCCACGGAGGCCACGGAGGUACACGCGAUGCCAGAGGUGCCUCAGCCAAGCGCACAGCCCGUGGAUGAGGAUGUACCCGCCAUCUUUCGCCAGCCGACGGUGGAGGAGGUCCAAGAGGUUUUGGAACAGGAAGGUCUACCAGCCUAUGUGGCCAUUGCCUCUGCUGGCACCUUCUGUGCCAAAAAACUCUGUUUAGACUCAAGUUCUUCGCCGUAUCUCUACGUCUUGGAACCCGACUCCUCUAUCCCGGCCGUGUUCUUUGGAAUGCAAGGCUUUUGUUUGGAGGAUCUGCGUCGUAUUGUUCUGAGUGAGGCCCCGUUAGACUCCACCUCAAAGCCCCUGCUAUCCCUGGAGUUUGAUGAUGGCUUUCUCCCAGUGCGCCUGGGUAGUGCGUUGGUGCUGCGGGGUUUGGUGGGAGUGCUGUGUCACGGUCGCAAUGUGCAGAUAAUGCAGCAAUCCGCCUGGAACUAGGUGAAAA